AUGGCGUACUAUGGGAUAUCCUCGAAUCUGUUUAUAUAUUUGACGAAAAGACUGCGUGAGGGCACAGUUGAGUCGGCCAAUAAUGUGACGAAUUGGGUAGGCACUGUUUGGAUGACCCCUGUUUUGGGAGCUUAUGUUGCCGAUGCCCUCUUGGGACGGUAUUGGACUUUCCUCCUUGCUUCCGCUAUCUAUCUUUCGGGAAUGUGUCUUCUAACUCUAUCGGUAUCAAUACACCCACUGAAACCACCUCCAUGUUCGGACCCAAGUGGGGCCCACUGCGAGAAGGCCAACACACUGCAGCUAGCCGUGUUCUUCGGCGCACUCUACACGUUGGCACUGGGCACGGGCGGGACGAAGCCCAACAUCUCGACUAUCGGGGCCGACCAGUUUGACGAGUUCGAGCCGAGCGAGAAAGCCCACAAGCUCUCCUUCUUCAACUGGUGGAUGUUCAGCAUCUUUUUUGGCACCCUCUUCGCAAACACGGUGCUCGUCUACAUACAGGACAACGUCGGUUGGACGCUCGGUUACGGCCUCCCGGCCAUCGGCCUCGCCAUUUCGAUUGCCAUAUUCUUGGCCGGCACGCCGUUCUACCGUCACAAGGUCCCCACGGGCAGCCCUUUCACUAAGAUGGCUAAGGUGAUCGUGGCCGCCCUCAGAAAAUCGAGCGUGCCCGUCCCCGCGGACCCUAAAGACCUCUACGAGCUCGACUCUGAGUUUUACGAGCAGAAAGGGAAAUACCGAAUCGAUUCCACGAAUACAUUAAAGUUCCUGAACAAAGCAUGCGUGAAGACAGGCUCCACGAGCCCAUGGAUGCUGUGUCCCGUCACACAAGUCGAGGAGACAAAGCAGAUGCUGCGGAUGAUCCCAAUUUUGAUCGUGACUUUCGUGCCGAGCACAAUGGUGGCCCAGAUCGGGACCCUUUUCGUGAAGCAGGGGACUACCCUGAGGCGUGACAUUGGGGGCUUCAGUAUACCCCCCGCCAGCCUGGCAGCCUUUGUCACUAUAUCGAUGCUCGUGUGUGUGGUCCUUUACGACCGCUACUUUGUGACGAUCUUUCGGAAAUGGACCGGUAACCCGAGAGGCAUCACGCUCCUGCAGAGGAUGGGGAUCGGCAUGAGCUUCCACAUCAUCAUCAUGGCCGUUGCGUCGUUAACCGAGAGGGUUCGACUCGGCGCCGCGAGGUCCAACGGGUUAGUCGAGAGCGGAGGCCAAGUGCCACUAUCGAUUUUCAUCUUGUUGCCACAGUUUGUGCUGAUGGGGGCGGCCGACUCGUUUUUGGAAGUGGCGAAGAUCGAGUUCUUUUACGAUCAGGCGCCGGAGAGCAUGAAGAGCCUGGGGACGGCAUACUCCAUGGUUACACUCGGGGCCGGGAAUUUUAUCAGCAGCUUUUUGCUUUCGACGGUGUCGAGGAUCACGAGGGGGGACGGUCAUGAAGGGUGGAUAAGGAACAACCUCAACGCGUCCCACUUGGAUUAUUACUAUGCCUUCUUUGCCGUGCUCAACGUCUUAAACUUUAUGCUGUUUUUGGUGGUCGUGAGGUUUUACGUGUACAAGGCGGAGGUUUCGGAUUCUAUGAGGGUUCUUAGGGAGGAGCUGGAGGCUUCGAGAGGAACAACGGCGGCCUAG